GUUCUGAACAUCAGUUGAUUUAAGCUUAACCUUGCAUUUUCCUACAGUGAUUCAUACGUGAUCAUAUAUCAGUGUUUGAUUUUAUAUCCCGUGAAACUAUGUCUCUCGCAGCAGCACAAAACCCCCUCGACCCACGCGAAGCCCUGGUUUUCUUCUACUCACAUCCAUCUAACAACAGCGCGUUGACCAACCUGGGAGUCUACCGCAGAUCUCUAACCGGAGGGGAGAAUCCCCCGUACAGAGACUUCAAUAUCGAAACCAGCAAUCUCCGCUUAGCCCCCUCUGGCCUCGUUAUCGCCUUCUAUAACGGAGCGCCCCGAGUAUUCGGUUUCUCCAAAGCCGACAAUGAUCGCUCCAUCGUGACUCAGCUAAGCCCAACGUGGACCCCUAUUGAUGAUGUGAGCAGUGGACUUGUUCAGGGGCUGUGGCAGCCAGCAAUAGCAGCCAUUUCAGAUUUCUCGGAGGACUCGGCCUAUGUCUUCUAUCUAGCCUCAGAGACGGUAGCGAAGGCCAGUUUGGUGCGCUAUAACCUGAGCAAAUACUCGCCACAAUACCAGCGUUACGACAUCAAUGCUAAUAUUAACUCUAUGCUGGCUGCGGUGAAGAUGAGAGGUAGCGGAAAUCUUCGGAUCUUCUUCCAGCCGGAAACCAAUUCCAAUUACAUCCAUGUAUAUGACAUUGGAAACCAAACAUGUAAGUGCCCGCCACCUGCGGUGUUGAUCGGUAUUGACAGUCGAAUCUCCCGCAGCGGAACGCAUUCCCGACAUUGAAUGCUGGAGAAACAGCCCGGUUGCGGUCGCCCAUUUGAACAACAACGAGGCUGAGACACCCCAGUAUCUCUAUCUGUACUAUGUCGACGGUCUACAGCGGAUCAUCCGAAUCAAGUACAGUUACAUGAGCAGGUCCUGGCAAACCACCCCGUCUCAGGUCGGAAGACGCACCGUCCCAAACUUCCCAUGGCUGGCUGUUGUUCCUGUCGAGGACGCAAACAAGGUACAUGUAUUUUACACCGAGGAUACAGGCGAAGUGGUGCAGUUGAUCGAUGACGUGACGGUGGACAUCGCGCCGACCGUAUUGAGUUAGGUUUUUCAACAGGCUCACGCUGCAUGAGCAAUCAAUGCAUCAUGCUUGAUCUCUUUUUUCUUUUUUUCGUGCUUCCAACUGCUCUGUCGUUCAUUACACACACCGGAAAAUCAUAAUUGAAAUGACCGCUCGUUGAUCAUGACAUAAAGAA